UGUUGAUCGAGUGUCAGCGUCUUGUUGUUAUACCGAAAGUGGAAGGAUGGUAUUUAUGCGGUGAUGUUAAUAUGUAUUUGGACGUAGAAAAGUGCAAGGACACGAAGUGCCACAUCAGUUCUCCUGUGAAUAUUAGUUCGUUAUGAGUCCUUGUCAUAAGAACAGUGAAUCGAAGAAGUUCUGAGUGCAAAUAAACUAAGGUUAACUUAAGAGGUACAAGCUACAACAGCCUCCAAAAUGGGUAGGAGAUCAAUAAACACCACCAAGAGUGGUAAAUAUAUGAACCCAACAGAUCAGGCGAGAAAAGAAGCAAGGAAGAAAGAACUGAAGAAAAACAAGAAACAAAGACAGAUGGUCAGAGCAGCAGUGCUGAAAGGAAAGGACCCAGUUCAGCUUAUUGCAGAAAUGGAGAAGAUUGAUCAAAUGGAGUACAAUGUUCUGCAUCCACCACCUCUAAAUGAGAAAGUUUUAAAAGACAAGAGAAAGAAGUUAAAGGAGACAUUGGAGCGAGUGUUGACAAUGUAUGAUAAAGAAGAUCCAGAAAAAUGGGCAGAGCUGAAGCGGAUGGAAGUAGAGUACGAAAAACGCCGAGCGGCCCUCGUCGCAUAUGCCGAGUCGGUGCGGCACGCUCAGCAGGUUCAAGUCGAUGACAUUCCUCUCCCGACACUGCAGCUUCCUUCGUCAGUCCACCCGGACUCGAUGCUGUUUGCAGGCAUUCCUUCCCAGAUACCGCUUCCCACAGCAGACCCACUGGUGGGCCUCAUCCCACCCCACCACCUAUCAGGGGCAGCAGCUCUGGCAGGAGUCCCCCUGCCCCCAGGCCUCACACUGCCCCCUCCGCCUGGAAUACUUAAAAAGACUUCAGCCUAUGCUGGCACUGGCCCUCCAAAAACAAAGAAGAACCCUGGAGUGCCACCUGGGCCUCCUCCAGAGCUCAGUGAUGACAGCGGAGAUGAAGAACCGAUGGAGCAAGAUGGUGAUGCAGUAGUAGCAGAGCGUGCAGCUGCUGAAGCAUCUGAUAAACGAUCACGUGUGAUCAGAUUUGCUGAUGACGAUGAUGAUGAUGAUGAGAAUGCAGAAGGUGCAACAGAUGAUGCAGCAGUUGACAAAUCUGGAGAGAACAAUUCCAAGGAGAAAAAUGAUGACAGUCAAACUUCAGGGGCUCCAAAACCAACAUCUUUGCAACAAAAAAUGUUGGCUAUGGCUGGCCAAGACAUUGACCAAUUCAUGAAAGAGAUGGAAGAAGUUCAUCGGAAGCGCGAGCAAGACCGUGCUGCUGAUCUGAGUGCUAGAUUAUCUGUACUGGAGGCAGAGGAAGGAGGAGAAGAAAAUUCAAAGCAGGGGAGUGGUGCACCAAAGGCCGAUGUCACCGGUGCAGGUGCACUGUCCGAAACAGCUGCCACUGACACAAGCGUGCCGCCCCCCACAGUGUCGGAGAACGCGCAGCAACCGCCACCACCACUGGGAAUGCUGCCAGUGAUGUUCAGGCCACCGCCACUGCGACCGGGGAUGCCGCCACCUAUAGGGAUUCGCCUCCCCCCGGGUCCACCUCCUGGCCGCCCCGGCUUACCACCUGGCCCACCACCGGGCCUACCCCCGAGGCUCAACCUGAGGCUGCCUCCUGGUCCUCCGCCAGGACUGCCGCCUAGACUGCUGCGACCUCCAACAGCGCUGCCACCGCGUAUGGGCUUGCCCGGCAUGGCAGGGCUGCCACCACCGACAGCAGGUCAGUUGGGUGCCGUUAGUGUACCAGUAUCUGCAGCUCCCCCUCCGGGAGCUCCUCCACCUGCCGUGGCUGCAACGCCCAACGUACUCACUGCCGCACCUCAGCUGAUCAACAGGGCAGGUGGGGCUGCAGGAGCACAGGGAGGUGCAGCAGAUCCCAAGAAACCGCAAGGAGCGACAAUCGAGGCCAAGCCACAGAUCAGGAACUUGAGUGCUGAUGUAACCAGAUUCUUACCGACAGCUCUUAGAGUUAAACGUGAAGACAAAAAGAAGAAAGAAGUCAAGGGAUCAGUUGUGUCAGAACCAAGGGCAGAAGCUAUAGUUCCGAAACCAAAUCCGGCAACAGGCCAGCAGACAAAAGAUGAUGCCUACAUGCAGUUCAUGCGUGAGAUGGAAGGCCUUCUGUGAAUGUGUGUCUUUAUUGUUUGAUAGUUAUGAAACAAACACUUGGUGAAUGCAAUUGCUUGAAUGUGGGAGAGCAUUUAAGUAAGCGUUAAUGUCAUAAACUAAUAGACUGUCAAACAUGUACAAGUUUGUUUUUGUCACUAUCUAUCAGCAAACUAAUGCAAGUAAUGAAAUUGCAAUAGACACUAUGUACAGUAUCACUGUCACUACAGCUCAUGUUUAUGGAAACUGAUGUUAAACCAAAAAAUAUUAAACUAAUUGUGUUUCAGACUUGUUAA